AGCAUUUGAAUGGUCUAAUUUCAAAUAUUUCUCUCUCUAGUUUGGUAAUCAUUUUUUAUUAAAUUUUCUAUUUUACAUUUGCAAAUAAACAUUUAAAAUAUCAAAUGACUUCUUUUCCUUCUAUGAUUCAUUUUUGAAAUCAUACAUCCCUGUUUUACUAUAAACAUUCAAAUACAUUUUCCACUUUUACCUCCAUCAAAAAUUAUUUUCUCUAUUGAAUUUAUCUUAGUGCUGCCAGCAUUUUUUCAGCUGUAUGCAGUCAUUUUUCAUAUUUUCAAUCAAAGUUUUCCACUCUUCUUUAAUUGUAUGUUCCUCUUGCUCCCCUAUUCUAUGUGUUAAAUCUGCAUGUUCUGCAUAUUCUGUCAACUUGAGUUGCUGAUCCUCUUUAGUUGGGACCUUGCUCCAUUUUGGGGCUAAGAAAACAUGGGCCCUAAUUGUUGCGUACAUAAAUAACCUUUUCUGACACCUAGGAAUUUCAGUUUGGGUCUUUCCCAAUGAAAAGGACUCUGGGUUGUUGUUUUUUUGGGGGGGGGGAAGUAAUUUUAAUUCCCCCCCAUUUUUUUAUCAAUCAUUUCCCCAUAUACUUUUACCUUUUUACAUGUCCACCACAUGUGAAAAAUAUUCCCUCCAUUUCUUUACACUUCCAACAUGUAUCUGAUUAUGUUUUAUAAAUCUUAGCCAACAUACUCAGAGCUUGAAAUUCUUCCCAUUUCUUUCCUGUUCAGUUUUCCCUGUUUCCUUGUAUUCUGUUAUUGUUGUAUCUUUCCUUGCAGAGAGGGAUAUAAAUUGUCAUAUUAAUAUUUUGUGGUUUGAUGUGCUAUAGAAUAACUUCAUAACCUCUUUAAACACUCUGUAUGGGAAGAGGAAGUACAGUAUUACACAAAAGCUGAGAAGCAGGUUGCUUCCAGAUGACCUGUUUAUUGAACAUCCAUUCUUACUACUAUUUUUAAAAAAAGAAAUAAAGGGGAAGGGGAGUACUGAGGAAAAAAGAACAAAGCUGUGUAUAUAAAUUGAUACAGUGUUAUUAUCCUAAUACGUAAAGGUAAAGGUAAAGGGGCCGCUGACCAUCAGGGGUUGCAGCGCUCAUCUCGCUCUAUAGGCUGAGGGAGCCGGCGUUUGUCCGCAGACACUUCCGGGUCAUGUGUCCAGCAUGACAAAGCUGCUUCUGGCGAACCAGAGCAGCGCACGGAAACACCGUUUACCUUCCUGCCGGAGCGGUCCCUAUUUAUCUACUUGCACUUUGAUGUGCUUUCAAACUGCUAGGUUGGCAGGAGCUGGGACCGAGCAACGGGAGCUCACCCCGUUGCAGGGAUUCGAACCGCCGACCUUCUGAUCAGCAAGCCCUAGACUCUGUGGUUUAACCCACAGCGCCACCUGGGUUCCUUAUCCUAAUACUUAGGUAGAUAUUAAUAGUCUGCUACAUUCUCUGUGUGCAGGCCAUAUAGCACUUGGGUCAAGCAAAAGUAAUCUUACACUUUCCAAGGUAUUUUCCUGUCACUUUCACUAUUUCAAAAUGUUUGAUGGGGGGGAUUGUUCCACAAGAGCACCAUAUGUACUGUGCAUCUUGAAUUUCCCAGUAUGAGAUUGAAUCCCAUUCACAACAGUGUAGAACAACCACAGAAGGUUUGUGAUAUCUACAUUCAUUGAUAUGGAAAAGAGACAUCUUCUUAGUAAUAAAACAGUUUUCUGUUAAUAGAGAAAUAGUAAAUCUGAACCUUUCCUGUUCAGUAUAAUGUGCACUGCAUUCAGUGUGAUUUGCAGAAUCUUAGUGAUUUUUCUUUGCUCAGCCACACGGUGGUAGUAUAGGCAAAGACAUGAACUGGAAUUCAGAAUUUUGUGAAGGAAGCCAUGAGCACAAACAAAGGUGGCUGAAACAAAGGACGGUUGACUUCCAUUUGUGAUAAAGAGAUAACAUACAGCACAGCAAAGCCGUCAACACUGCAGCAUCAAAUUCAUUUCUACAGCAGCAGAGAUUAUCAUUGGGUGACUGUCAGAAGCUUCGUAUUUUGGCCAGAGAUUCUUGAGCCAUGGGAGACGGCUACAGAAAGGAACAAGGUCUGUAUUUUUUGCUUUUCCUUUGUCUUCCUGGAGCACUAAGUAUUUCACUUCACUAUUCUGUGCCCGAAGAAAAGAAAAGGGGGUCUUUGGUGGCUAAUGUGCUGGAGGAUUUGAAACUGGGAAAAGGGGAGCUCUCUGUUCGCAGAGCCCAGCUUGUUUCUAAGAACAGUAAGCAAUAUUUUCACCUUGAUACCCACUCGGGGAAUUUAUUGAUAGAUGAUAAAACAGACCGAGAAACAUUAUGUGGCCAGAGUGAUCCUUGCUUAUUACAGUCUGAAAUUGUGUUGCAAAAUCCCUUGAAGAUCUUCAGUAUUGAAAUCAAGAUAGAAGACGUAAAUGAUAAUGUCCCCAAAUUCUCUAAAAAGGUAUUUGAUCUGGAAAUUCCUGAAAAUUUCUCACCAAAUACACAUUUCCCCUUGGAAUCUGCCCAAGAUGCGGACCUGGGGAGAAAUAACAUCCAAAACUACACACUCAGUCCCAAUGAACAUUUCCGGCUUGAUGUUAAAAGUGAUGAGGAUGGAAACAAGUAUGUCGAUCUUGUUCUGAAGAAGCCACUGGACAGGGAGAAGGAGCCACACUUUGAACUGACUCUCACUGCUGUGGAUGGAGGGGAGCCACAGAGAACAGGCACAGUUAAAAUAAAUAUUGAUGUUCUUGACAAUAAUGAUAAUUCCCCACAGUUUACACAGACUGAAUAUAAAAUAAGGUUAAAGGAAAACAGUCCUCGAGACACCCUGAUUUCCAAAGUGGAAGCUACAGAUUUGGAUUUUGGUUCAAAUGCACAAAUUGUCUACUCAUUCUACAGAGUGCCUGCAGAAAUUUACGAUCUGUUCCACCUAAAUGAAGUCACGGGGGAAAUCACCCUUUCUGGUCAGCUUGAUUAUGAAAAAGAAACCAGCUACAGCAUGAACAUCAGAGCAACAGAUGCAGGGGGUCUUUUGGGGCAUUGCAAGGUCCUGGUAGAGAUUGAGGAUGUGAAUGACAAUGUCCCUGAAGUGUCCAUCAUAUCCAUCACUAGUCCUUUGGCAGAAGAUUCUCCCCUGGAGACCCUUGUUGCCCUCUUCACCGUCACAGACGGGGACUCCGGAGACAAUGGCAGAACCAUGUGCUCUGUGGAAGUAAACCUUCCCUUUAUAUUAAAACCCACUAUGAAUAACUACUACCAGCUUGUGGUCCAAAGUCCCUUGGACAGAGAGAAGGCCUCAGAGUAUAAUAUCACCAUUACAGCCGUGGACCAGGGCUCCCCCAGGCUCACUUCCACAAGAAUUAUUAACGUUCAAAUCUCAGAUGUCAAUGACAACCCUCCAGUAUUUGAAAAGUCUUCAUGGGAAAUGCAGAUACGGGAAAACAAUAUUCCAGGAUUGCUCAUUGGCUCAGUCCAUGCUGCUGAUCUGGACACUGAGAAGAAUGCCAAGAUCACCUACUCCCUUUUGCCCGGGAAGGUCACUGAUGGCCUUGUGGCCUCUUACAUCUCAGUCAACUCUGAAAGUGGAAAUCUGUAUGCCCUCCGAUCUCUGGAUUAUGAGCAGAUCAAAGAUUUCAAAGUGACAGUGAGGGCUACAGAUGGAGGGUCUCCUCCCCUCAGCUCAGAAGUUACUGUCCGAGUCGUAAUCAUAGACGAAAACGACAACGCUCCCUUCUUCCUCUACCCGCUCCAGAACAGCACAUCCCCCUGCAACGAGCUGGUCCCCAAGUCGGUGGAGUCUGGCUACCUGGUCACCAAGGUGGUGGCUGUGGACGGAGAUUCUGGCCAGAACUCGUGGCUUUCCUAUGAGCUGCUGAAGGCCACAGACCCUGGUCUUUUCAGCAUAGGAGCCCAGAAUGGGGAAGUGAGAACCAGGAGAGCCCUGACCGAGCGAGACACCAGCAAGCAGAGACUCAUGAUAGUGGUCAGGGACAACGGGCUCCCUCCCCAGAGCAGCACUGCAAUGCUCCAUGUCCUUCCCGUGGGUGGCUUUUCGGAUCCUUAUAUGAAGGCUGUGGAGAUUAGUAAAGACCAACAUGAAGAAGAUGGGAGCUUGACCUUGUAUUUGGUGAUCUGCCUGGCUGCAGUCUCCUUCGUGUUCCUUGUUUGCAUUGUUUCCUUUGCUGCUCUCAAGAUCUGCAGGAGGGAUCCCAGGGAAAGUUUUAUUGCUGCCCCUCCUCACUUCCCACCUGCCAGACCCGACAUCCCAGAGAACUGUGGGGAUUCUCAGAGUGGGUCGCUUUCCAGGAGUUACCACUACGAUGUUUGCUUAACCGGUGGGUCCUUAAGCAGCGAGUUCAGGUUCCUCAGGCCCCUCAUUCCUGUUUUUUCUGUGGGAGACCCAAACCUCAAUGUGAACCAGACCCCUCCUUCUGCUUCCCAAGAUAUUUCUGACCAGGUGGGGAUGGAAGAAUCAGGAAAAAAGGUGAGGGAUUACGUCAGUGAGUUAACUUGUGAUUAAGAAUGCAUUUUGCUUGGUAAUUAAUAACAUCAGAUGUUCAUCUUCCAUUCUUUGUUGAUAUGAUAUACAGUGACUAGAGAGAUAGGGCUUCAAUUUUAUUUCAAAUCUAUGUCAGAAUUGUUUCCUUCUUACUUCCUUCUUACUCUACAUCUUAUUCUUCUUCAUGUUAUUGCCUUAUUUUUCGGUCUACUCUGUAUUAAACUUAGCUCAAAAUGUUAUGUACUAGUCACAGUUGCUGCAUAUAGAGUUCUGUGUACUAGAAUAUACCCCUAAAGUGUCACUGACAGCUUUAAAACCUAGUUACAUGCACACAGAGCCUCUGUAUGAGAUGGACUUCCCGCUUAUGUAAAUUGUUUAUAGUGCCUCUUGGUGGUUGCAUCCCAUCUGUGGAGUGGCCUCCCAUCUUUAUGGUAUUUUUGGUGCUGGAUUCAGAGGUUUUUAUUGACCCAGGAUUUAAAAACAACUUUCAUUUUAAACUAACAAAACCUGGACUCUCGUUGUGUUCUCUUUUGCCAUUUGAACUGAUGAUAUGUUGAGGGUUAGCUGGCUGAAUCACAGUCUGUCAUUAUAAUAAUAAAUAGGGGCUGUGGGAUGACAAUAAGAAUUAACAUAGUAAGCAGCCUUGUACUGAUGCAGACGAAUUGUGCUCUAUCUCAGUAUUGUCUACAUUGACUGACAGCUGCUCCCAGGAUUUCAGGCAGGGAUCUCUGCCGACCUACCUAAGGACGCAAGGGAUUGAACCUGGGACUUACUGCAAAGCUGAUGGUCUACCACUGAGCCAUGACCCUUUGAUACAAGGAGUAGGUCCUACAGUGUUUAAUUUGAAAAUGCCCUUAGAGAAACUUGGAAGUGUAGGAAAUAUAUGUUUGAGGAAAGUCUGUGCUACAGUUGGGAUGGAAAAGAUAAGAAAUGGCUCACAUUUAAGAAAAUACAUGUUUGACAAGGACUUGAAUGACACGUUGAUAGGUGCUGUGUGUUUUUCUUCCAUAGGCUUUGCUGGGACCUGCACUCCCCAGAAUAGUUCUAUGAUUGUUCAUGGGCUGUUGACCAUUUUGGAAAAUGGUUUUUUUGUGAUAG